AUGGAGCGCUUCGCGACUACCAAGGAUCAGCAAACGGCGUUUCAAUUUGCCUUUUACAAUGCGCUUCUUUUCCUGUUGACCGGACUAUGCCUUUGUGGAGUAUUUGCUUUGUACAAAAUGAUGUACAUGUUUCUAUCACCAAUGUUGUGGGCCGUACUUGUGGGAACUGUGUUGUUUCCUUUCAAAAAGAAGGUCACUGACAAGGUUCAAGGAUGGCUAAGAAGAAUCCAGAAUAACAAUCAAACUCUUGUGAUGGGGCUUAUAACUACACCAUUCUACUGUUUCCGCGAUUUUUCGGACUAUGUGUACACAACUGCUAUGAGGCAUGUUACCUUCAAUCUUGGACAGGGAAAAGCAAUCAUCCUACGUAUUGCUACCAGUUAG